AGGUACAAAAGUCGAUUACUACCAAUCAUCUACAAGAGUCCAUAUAAACUUCACCUUACAACUGCCCAGACAAAGAAGCACACAAACGCAUUCUUUGACCGCCCAACUGCCCAAGAACGCGAUGGCCGGCGCGGCGUCGGCGAGCAUCCCGUGCGUGUCGCUCAACACGGGCCACGCGAUCCCCGUGCUGGGCUUCGGGACCGGCUCCUCCACCACGCCGGAGGACCUGCCGGCCACCAUCCUCCAAGCCGUCCGCCUCGGCUACCGCCACAUCGACACGGCCUCCAUGUACGGCACGGAGGGCGCGGUCGGCGCCGCCGUCGCCGACGCCGUCGCCACGGGUGCUGUCGCCUCCCGCGCCGACCCCUUCAUCACCUCCAAGCUCUGGAUGAACGACGCGCACCCGGACCGCGUGCUCCCCGCGCUCCGGCAGUCGCUGGCCCGCCUCGGCCUCGACUACCUCGACCUCUUCCUCGUCCACUGGCCCCUCGCCGCCGACGAGAACAAGAAGCUCGUGCCGUUCGACAUGGAGGGCGUCUGGCGCGCCAUGGAGGAGUGCCACCGCCUUGGCCUCGCGAGGUCCAUCGGCGUCAGCAACUUCUCCGCGGCCAAGAUGACACGGCUGCUCGCCUUCGCUGCCGUGCCGCCGGCGGUGAACCAGGUGGAGUUGAACGUCGGCUGGCGUCAGGAGAAGGUCAGGGAGGUGUGCGCCAAGAACGGCGUCGUCGUCGCCGCCUUCUCACCGCUCGGCGCGUUCGGCUCCAUGUGGGGAUCCAACGCCGUCAUGGAGAGCGGCGUGCUGCAGGACGUCGCCGCCAGGAAAGGCAAGACGAUUGCUCAGGUAGCGUUGAGGUUGCUGCACGAGCAAGGGGUGUGCUUCGUGGCCAGGAGUUUUAACAAGGACAGGUUAAAGCAAAACAUGGAGCUUUUUGAUUGGGAGUUGAACGACAACGACAAGGAGAAGAUGAUGGGGAUUCCACAGAGGAGAGCAUGCCGUGGGGAGUUCUUUUUGUCACCAGACGGGCCAUACAAGACCUUGGAGGAGCUAUGGGACGGAGAGAUAUGAGAAAUUUAUGUUCCGAACAAAUUAUCUGUAUCUCAAACUAUCAAAUUCUAUAUCUGCUAAAAAUACCAUGUAGCUAGAUAUUGCAUCUAUUAUUUGUCCAGCAUCGUUGUUAAAUGCUUGCUGUGUGGGGAAAUGUCUUCCCAUUUGUUAAUUAGUUUCAUUUAACAUGCUCUCUACCUAUCAUAUAUGUUUCCAGCACUUUGUUUGCAGUC